CGAACUGGUGAGGGUUCGAAAAUCGAUUCCUCCAUUCGGAGUCCCUCGUGCAUUUCAUUACCGUGUACGUAUAUGUGAAACUCGAAAUUAAUAAUCUGAAACAUUAAAAAUGCCACUUCCAUCGGCUUUACUUGCAAAGUUGAAGAAGAGGGGGAUUGUUCCUGAGCAGCAAAGAAAACCUGCGGAGGAGAUAGAGGAGGUAUUUGCUGAGGAUUACGAUGAUCCAGUCAAGGAAAAUACCGCCCCUCCCCCCGCAGAUCUGGAGAUGGACACGUCAGUGGACAAUCAGACAAAAUCCCUGGUGUUCGAAGUCUCAGCUUGCCCAAACAGAUACAAUAAAUACCACACCUGUGUAGAGUACUGCAUGAAGAGAUGGGGGAGUCAGAGGUUUGAGCCGGCCCCCACCAUGAUCAGGAAGAGGGACAGGAUGCUGAGGCGGUAUCCACUCCCCGAGGGGUGGGAGGAAGUGGCAGACCCCCAAACGAAUCGUUACUUCUACUGGAACACCUUUACAGACCAGGUAUGCUGGCUGUCACCUGUACACCCCCGGGCUCAUAUCACAAUUUCUGCCCAGAGAAUUCAAGAUCUCCUGGGUGACCAGUCCCUGGCAAAUAAAGAGGGAAGUGAUGAGGAGAUGGAGACAAAGGGUUCAGAUGAAAGUGACAUGAGUUCAUCAUCUUCAUCUAGUUCAUCAGACUCGGAGGAUGAAUAUGACAAACGGCGACGAGAUAGGGGACGUCGUUAUCAUGAUAACAGACGUAGAGGUGGAAAACGCCAGAAGGAUGAAUUAGAUCCCAUGGACCCAGCAGCGUACUCAGAGGUUCCAAGAGGGUCAUGGUCAACAGGACUUGCCACUCGAGGGGAGGCGAAGACAGGGGCAGACACUACUGCCUCAGGGCCACUGUUUCAGCAGCGUCCAUACCCCAGCCCCGGGGAAAUCCUGCGCAGGAAUCGGGACCAGACCUAAUCAGACACAUCAAUAUUAUCAUCCUCAUAUUUAUCAUCAUCAUCUAAUCUUUGUAUCAUUAACAUAUGACAGUAUAAACAUUGUUUCUUAAUUCAUUAAAGAUAAAACUGUUGACAGAUAAUUCUGUAUCAUUUACAUCUUGCUGUAUCAACCUUUUAUUCAGUAAGAAUAAAUGUGUGGAGAAAUCCA